CAUCCGCCGGCCCCGGUUUUAAUAUCCUCAAAGAUAACGUACAGCCGCGCCGAGACCGGAUAACGCGCGCUCGGUCCCGGUAAUAGAAAAAUCGUUAGCGAACAACGGAACGCGUGGCCGUAAUUGGUUCGCGAUUUACCGAACGCCCGUUAGAAUAUCCGGGUCCGUGGCGGUUCGAUUAAUUUAAAUGCACCGGACCGGCGACGUGCUCCUUAUUCAAGCUUUACUUUUGGCACCUGCGCCGACGCCGUUGCCAGAAUCCACACCAUUGCGGGGUAGGAACGUACGCGAUCAAAAAUGUCGGUUUCUCCACGUAAGCUGCUUUCGAUGCGGAACCGUCGUCCCCUUCAAACUAUCGGAUAUCGGAGAAGGAAUUCGAGACGUCACGAUCAAAGAAUGGUUCGUGAAGCCGGGCGACCGGGUGUCUCAAUUCGAUAACAUUUGCGAGGUGCAGAGCGACAAAGCGUCCGUGACGAUUACCAGCCGUUACGACGGAUUAAUCAAGGCCCUGCGCUACAAGGUGGACGACGUGGCGCUGAUAGGGGACGCGCUGCUGGAUAUCGAGGUGGACGACGAUAACGAGCAGGCGGUCGAAGGGAAACCGAAACCGAGCCCGGUCCCGGGGGCUCCGAACAGGAGCGGCCCCGCGGGGGUGGACGGGGCCGGCGCGGCGUGGGGCCAGUUAAACGGGCUAAAAAAAUCGCUGGCUACUCCCGCGGUCAGGCGGAUCGCCGUGGAGAACGGAAUCGAGUUAAAGGACGUCGUCCCCACGGGCAAAGGCAGCCGGGUACUUAAAGAGGAUAUAUUGGCGCACUUGGAGAGAGUUUCUGCUGGUUCCGCGGGAAACCCCGCCGCGGGAACGCCGGCGGACGGGGAGCUGGUGCCGAUAAAGGGCUACACGAAGCAGAUGUGGAAAACGAUGACUCGAUCUCUGAGUAUACCGCACUUCGUGUACAGCGACGAGUGCACCGUCGAUAAAUUAAUGGAGUGCCGAAGCCAAGUGAAGGACAGUUUGAAAGAACGGGGCGUCGCUUUGAGCAUGAUGCCCUUUUUCAUCAAGGCAGCGUCCAAGGCGUUAGAGGGUGUGCCGCGGUUGAACGCUUGGCAGGACGAGGGUAGUCAAGCGAUACGUGUUCUGAAGAGCCACAACAUCGGCAUCGCCAUGGACACGCCGGAAGGCUUGAUCGUGCCGAAUAUCAAGAACGUUCAACGUUUGAGCCUCGUGGAAGUCGCGAGGGAGCUGAACAGACUCCAAGAACUGGGCAGGAAGUCCUCGAUACCGCCGAACGAUCUGGCCAACACCACUUUCACGCUUUCCAACAUCGGCGUGAUCGGCGGUACGUACACGAAGCCGGUGAUUUUGCCACCCCAAAUCGUAAUCGGUGCGUUCGGGAAAGUGCAGAAGCUACCGCGAUUUGACGAAGAAGGACAAGUUGUGCCUGCGAGCGUAAUCUCUGUGAGCUGGGCCGCCGAUCAUCGAGUCGUGGACGGCGUCACUAUGGCGAAAUAUUCGAAUCUCUGGAAGUACUACGUUGAGAACCCUAUGUUCCUGUUCAUCGAGGCAUGAACGCCUCGAAAAGGUACACCAAAUAUGCUUUUGUAUCGGAAAUUCUAUUUUUAUACUUUUUGUAAGUCCCUCGAGAAAUAUGUUGAAGGGGUUUAUUAACGAUUACAUUGGCGGGGCUGGGACGAAUGGUGCAGAAUACAAAGAAAAGCUUGACAAGAUUUUGUACGUAAAUAUUAAUUUAUUUAUUGCUGCACAACCAACUAGGACUUUUUCAUAAAGAUAAAAUAUCUUAUUUUUGCUUUUUUUGUUUGUUUGUUUGUUCUAACAUAUUCAAAGUGUUACAACUUGUAUGGUAGUUAUAUAUAUGAUGACCAGUCGAACUGUGAGCAGUUUUGUACAUUAAACCUAUUACACAUUGUUCAUACAAAUUAUCCUAGAAGAAUGUAUAUACCAAAAAAUAUGUUAAGGAAGUGGUUGUACUGAUUAAUAUCUUUUGUGCAUUGAUUGCUCUUCAGAGAGGGGAGGAGACACCUUUGUAGGUUUACGUAGGAGGAUAAUCUCAGCAAAAAGAAACAAAAAAAAGAAGAAAAAAAAAUACCAUUCAACAAAAUCACAAAUGAAAGAAAAUGUUUAUAAUGAGUACGACCACUUAUUCAUUUAUGUAUGUACGUAUGUAUGUAUAUAUAUACAGUUUAUAGUGUAUCGCGUAUUCAGUCAUUCAUAUCCCAUACAAUCAUUCCAUUCCCUUAAAUGCCACAUAAAUAUUUACUCGAAAAGUAGUCAGUCUGUUUAGUAGUUA